CACACAGCACCACGGCGUUUAUCAACUGGUGGCUAUAUAGCAUUUUUGCAAGUGGGACACCUGUGUAAAAUAUGUUUUGGAAGCGUUAAACUCAGAACUCCUAUGAGGACGAUAAAGGAGAUAUCCAAUGUGGAUUGACUGAAGUCCCAUCUUUGGAAGGACUCUUAGAGGAAGAACUGCCAGGAACCGAAGGAUGAAAAGGAAAAGGAGAAAGAAGAAUGCUGCUGUAACAGAGGCCAUGGGAGGGGAGGAGGACCCAAAAGAUGAGGCCCACCAGGGGCCUAGCACCUUAGCUGAUGCGAGGGAGGAAUAUGGUUCAGCUGUGGAGGAUCUGGGAGUUAGUGAGGAGGAAGACCUGUAUCGAGGAGCUGAAGAGCUCCCCCAAGGGCCAGUCAAACGUGCAGGACCGGACGCACUGUUUGAAGUCACACUUCCAAAGGUUGAGGACAGAUGCAGUCUGGAGCCGAUGCUGGAUAUUCUGUCCUACAGUGAGAGUGAGUGGAAGGGAAACACUACCAAAAGUACCCUUAUUAUAAAGAUCCCUCUUCCUGUCUGGUCCCAGGGUUACACUAAGCUGUCUCAGAGGUUUGAGAGCCUGAGACGGGUGAGAGGCGAUAACUACUGUGCACUCCGAGCCACUCUGUUCCAGGUGCUCUCCACCAGCACCCAGCCGCCUGUCUGGCUGCAGGUCGAACACAUCUCCACGUGGGCGGAGGAGCUGGAGGCACGUGAGGGGCUGAUUGGCCAGUGGAUGUUCCCCUCGGAGUGCAGACAGGGGGGUGGGAGCGAAGACGCCGUCCAACAGCUCAAACGCUACAUGGAACUCCUCCAGAACAGGUGGCAGGCGGCGGUGGGCUGCUCCAGCAUGGAGGAGAGACGGCGGUUGUGUGAGAGUGUGUUCCAGGGAGGGGAGGAGGAGCUGGGGCUGCUGGAGGCCCUGAAGCUCCUCAUGCUGGUCCGGGCGUCGGAGCUCCAUACCACCAUGCAAGAGGGAGGGGACGUGCCCGUCUUUUGCUGGCUGCUCUAUGCACGCGACUCUUCCGACUGCCCACGCACAUUCCUCUUCAACCACCUGAGUCGAGUGGGUUUCAGCGGGGGUCUAGAGCAGGUGGAGAUGUUUCUGCUGGGAUAUGCCUUGCAGUGCACCAUCCAGGUCUACAGGCUGUACAUGACAGACACCGAGGAGUUUGUCACCUAUUAUCCCGAUGACCAUAAAGAAGACUGGCCCUGUGUGUGUCUGGUCACAGAGGAUGACCGCCACUACAACGUCCCAGUGGGCCAGCACAAUGAACUCCAAGUCCCAGAGUACGUCCCUCCAGACUGUUUGGAAUCUAAGUCCCAGAAGACCUCACGGCAGGCUGAUUGCCACUGAAGAAAAAGCUCAUGGCAUGCACACAGGGCCAUCAUGUCAGAAGGCUCCUCAGGUUGACUGGAAGAAGACUCCUGCUUAUUGACAGUUUACACUUAGUUAAAAAUAGCUUUUGGAGUAUGACUAGGGCAGAACGACAGAUUUUUACCUUGUCAGCACAGGGAUUCAAUCUAGCAACCUUUCGGUUACUGGCCCAACGCUCUAACCACUAGACUACCUGCCGCCCCAAUGUGGCUUGCUUGCGUUGAAUCCCGUCCCACAACUGAUGAAUAAAUAUAUCAGAUCACAGGCUUUGCACAAUACCAUCACGAUGCAUUUUAAUAUCAGGUGUAAAUGGUGUUUGUCAGAUGUCCACUUGCAUGAGAGAUGGACACUUAACCAUCCUGCAAAAGGUGACCAGAGCAAACUACAGUAAGCAGAGGUUGAAACCUCACAGCACGUCAUUUAAAAUAGAACAGAUGACUACUACUUCAUGUUAAAGGUUUAACUUUAACAUUGUUUGACAAUGAAACCAUUUUGAUACCAGUAUUUGCUAUGUGACAUUUUUUUAAAACGUAAAACAUGAUAUACACUUGCAUUUUGAGACAAUCGUAAAGUUAGCACGAGCAAUAACGUAUUUGAAGAUGGGCUUAAACUAGAAUACAGUCGAGAGGAGAUUGACACAGGGACAAAUGAUCAAACAAAGGCAUGCCUGGUGUCUGCUUUUGCCAUUAUGCUCUUGACUGAAGGUGUGAUCUUUUUUUGAUAUGUAACAUGUUGCCUUUAACCAAGGUGCUCUAGGAGAAAAACAUUGUGCCCGUGUUGUUGCAACAUCCAGAUACUGGCAACUGUUUCCAGGUUCAUUGUCAAACCACCACUUAGUUGGGUUCCAGAUAUGGAGCCUGGCUUGGUCCUCCAUGUCGCCUUAAGUCAUUUAUGCACAAUAGGGGUGAAGAUUGGCAAUUGCUGCCUAGAGACCAUUUAGCAAGGAAAGAUAAAGGUAACAAUGAUUAUACCACUUGGGUAAAUGCUUUUCUACAGUGUUCAAUUUGUGCAGAUUAAAUAAAAUAAAAAUAUUCAAUUGUAUAUUCAGUUUCAAUUUCAGUUUCAAUUGUCUUCUAUUAUUUUGAUAUAUUUAUGUGCCAAAUAAGAUGCCUUUACAUGAAGAAAAUAGCUAUACUUGUCAAAAUAAAAUGAAAGUGCAGAUUCCCAGUCUGCAUUAAAAGUGGACAAGCAUAAUCAUGUAAACAGUCACGAUACCAAAAUUUUGACUUCAAUACCACCAAAAAAAGCAGCUCGGUUUUUUUUUAUAGAAAAACAUUUGAUGUUCUGAAACACACCAGGAGACCACAUUUUUAGGUCUGGGAAAAAUGUAAGAACUGUAGAUUUGAGUAGUUUAAUACCUUGUAAUUCAAAUGCAUAUAAACCUAGCCGUUUUUUUAAAUUAGCAGUGUUUUCUGUAACGCACGUGUUGGAAUUUGCUAAACAAAUGUCCGCUGGCUUGAUGCCAAACAUGAUUCUGCCAGGUAGGCAUAGGCUAAUUUGUACCUAACUUUUGAUUGUACUUAUUGCCUACAUGUAGAUUCAAUCCAAUCAAAAGUUAACUAGUGUUGUCAGUGGAACUGCAGUUGGAGCGUCAAAUCGUUGAGCAGCUGCUCUUGUAAUCAUUGUUACAAGCCACACUUGCCCCCACUGGCGUUACGAGUUCAGAUCGAGAAAUUGUAGGCUACAUGGAAAUAAUUACGCUCAAAAUUAAAUUCAUAAAAUAAUGAAGAUUUAUUUAAUCCUAAUUGUGGUGUAGAUUACAUUUCACAUUCCAGUAUUUUAAUUUGUAAACAAGGCUGCAUGGGAUUGACUCCAUGCAGCCAAUGGCAAUGUCUGCUUUAGGUACAGUAUUGUAGCGACCCGCACAGACAGCUGUGUGUUAUGUGUUAGGCUAGUAGGUGGUUGUGUUCGCGGGGUCCGACAUGUCAGUCAACCUGCUAUCUGCCAAUCACGGGAAUGCCUGGAAUGUUCUGAUGCCGGGCAUCCUGGUGGUUGGCGGAGUGGCGUGGAGGGGGGUUGGGCAGGGGGAUGGAGCAUUGGAAGUUAAGACCAGGUUUUGCCUUUGUUCUCUCUCUUACGUCUGGGCUUCACAAGAGAAGGUCACGAUUGGCUUGUGGGCUAUCUUUCAUUUAUUUGGCGUGGGCUACGGCCAAACAGUAGCCUGUGUAAAGUUGGUUUAAUAAACCGUCCAUUCGUAAACUCAA